CGGAGCCCCGAGCCCGUCCCGCGCCGCGGGCCCGGCCGAGCGGGGCGGCGCCCAGGGAUGCCCGGGCGGCCCGGAGCGCGGGGAGGGUGACGGCGCCCGCGGGACCCGCGACUGCCAGGAACUGCUGCCGCCCCCGGCCCCCAUGGCCUACAUCCCGGGUGGGGGUGCCCCAGCAGCGGGGGCAGCCCCCGUGGGCUCCCAGUACUGUGUGUGCAAGGUGGAGCUGUCGGUGAGUGGCCAGAACCUGCUGGACCGGGACGUCACCUCCAAGUCCGACCCCUUCUGUGUCCUCUUCAUAGAGAACAACGGCAGAUGGAUGGAGUACGAUAGGACAGAAACCGCAAUCAACAACCUCAACCCCGCGUUCUCCAAGAAGUUCGUCCUCGACUACCACUUCGAGGAGGUGCAGAAGCUCAAGUUCGCCCUGUUCGACCAGGACAAGUCCAGCGCGCAGCUGGACGAGCAUGACUUCCUGGGCCAGUUCUCCUGCAGCCUGGGCACGAUCGUCUCCAGCAAGAAGAUCUCUCGGCCUCUGCUGCUGAUGAAUGACAAGCCUGCGGGGAAGGGCUUGAUUACGAUCGCCGCACAGGAGCUGUCGGACAACCGGGUCAUCACGCUGAGCCUGGCGGGCAGGAAGCUGGACAAGAAGGACCUCUUUGGGAAGUCAGACCCAUUUCUCGAGUUUUAUAAGCCAGGAGACGACGGCAAGUGGAUGCUUGUCCACAGGACUGAGGUGAUCAAGUACACGCUGGACCCCGUGUGGAAACCGUUCACAGUGCCGUUGGUGUCCUUGUGUGAUGGGGAAAUGGAGAAGCCCAUCCAGGUCAUGUGCUAUGACUAUGACAACGAUGGAGGCCACGACUUCAUUGGCGAGUUCCAGACCUCAGUGUCACAGAUGUGUGGGGCUCGCGACGGUGUCCCGCUGGAAUUUGAGUGCAUCAACCCCAAGAAGCAGAGGAAGAAGAAGAACUACAAAAACUCGGGCAUCAUCGUCCUGCGCUCCUGCAAGAUCAGCCGGGACUACUCUUUCCUGGACUACAUCCUGGGAGGCUGCCAGCUCAUGUUCACCGUUGGAAUAGACUUCACAGCCUCCAAUGGGAAUCCCCUCGACCCUUCCUCUUUGCACUACAUCAAUCCCAUGGGCACCAACGAAUAUCUGUCGGCCAUCUGGGCUGUCGGGCAGAUCAUUCAGGACUACGACAGUGACAAGAUGUUUCCGGCUCUGGGAUUCGGGGCCCAGUUACCCCCGGACUGGAAGGUCUCCCACGAGUUUGCCAUCAACUUCAACCCCACCAACCCCUUCUGCUCCGGCGUGGACGGCAUCGCCCAGGCGUACUCCGCCUGCCUGCCCCACAUCCGCUUCUACGGGCCCACCAACUUCUCCCCCAUCGUCAACCACGUGGCCCGGUUCGCGGCCCAGGCCACGCAGCAGCAGACGGCCACGCAGUACUUCAUCCUCCUCAUCAUCACUGAUGGUGUCAUCAGCGACAUGGAGGAGACGCGGCACGCCGUCGUGCAGGCUUCCAAGCUGCCCAUGUCCAUCAUCAUCGUGGGCGUGGGCAACGCCGACUUCACUGCCAUGGAGUUCCUGGAUGGUGACAGCCGCAUGCUGCGCUCCCACACGGGGGAGGAGGCAGCCCGCGAUAUUGUGCAGUUCGUGCCCUUUCGAGAGUUCCGCAAUGCGGCGAAAGAGACCCUGGCCAAAGCAGUGCUGGCAGAGCUGCCCCAACAAGUCGUGCAGUAUUUCAAGCAUAAAAACCUACCCCCCACCCACUCGGAGCCUGCCUGAACCCCACCCAGCAGCAGCAUGCCGGCUGGGCCUCCCCCCAACCCCCAGAACAUGCACGCUCACCCUGCGUCCUUGUGGGUGGCAUUUUUUACCCAUCCACAUUUUUAUUUUUUACAAAUGGACCCUACACCCCCAACUUUCCCCAGCCCAGCUGGGUUUCCUUUGUUGGAGUCAAUUGAUGAUGCUUCCAGGCCCCACUUUCUUCCUCCCCACCCUUGCGUAUUGAAUGUACUUUGUAUAAUUUUAGUGGAAUUAUUGUUAUUAAAGGAGAAUAAAAUUUUUACAAUCACAA